GUCCCUUUCGAUUUCCUAACCACAUUCUCGCCCGGCGCAUAACCGCUCACGUCGCUCCUUUAUCGCCUCCGCCCACCCGCAUUUUAUUACAGAAAACCAACUCACAAUGGGUGCUAAUCUGUCCAAGGCUCUUGGCAAGAUAUUUGGGAACAAGGAGAUGAGACUCCUCAUGCUAGGACUGGACGCAGCUGGAAAGACCACCAUCCUCUACAAACUGAAGCUGAACCAAUCCGUCACCACAAUCCCCACUGUUGGAUUCAAUGUCGAGACAGUCACGUACAAGAACGUGAAAUUCAAUGUCUGGGACGUGGGUGGCCAGGACAAGAUCCGUCCCCUCUGGCGACACUACUACACGGGGACUCAGGGCCUGGUGUUUGUGGUAGAUAGCCAGGACCGCGAACGUCUCGACGAGGCAAAGCAAGAAUUGCAUCGCAUAUUGAGUGAUCGAGAAAUGAAGGAGUGUCUAUUGUUGGUCUUUGCCAAUAAGCAGGAUCUGCCUGGAGCGAUGUCCCCAGCAGAAGUAACGGAGAAACUGGGACUACACAAGAUGAAGGAUCGUUCGUGGUAUGUUCACCCGAGCUGUGCGACGACAGGCGAGGGAUUGUUCGAGGGACUGCAGUGGCUGUCGCAGAAUGUGAAGAAGCGACCGCAGUAGUUGGAUGUUAUUCAGCAUUGCAAUCCCUUCUCUCUAUUUAGGGCUUUUUCUAUACCCUCCCUCUGGUACUACCCGCCUUGUCUCCUACUCAUAUCACGGCCCACAUGACGCGUACGAACGAUUUGCCACUAGCCUCCUCCAAACUACAUCCUGCCUUCGCUACAUCCGUCUAUCUCGCCCUGGCGUUGUCUUGUUGCCCAUUCGAUGGGGUCUGCAUUCAUUUUUCCACUCAUUCGUACAUACAUAUUUGGCCGAUUCGCCUCUGUCACAAGCCGAGGAGACCGAGUCUGAUCGUGAUACUGUCGCAAGCGGAUUGCGUGCUCAGGCGCUUCGUUCCGCGACGAGGCGCUCAUUUGCGACGCACUCGACCGUGGACGGCUUCACUGGUGCCGUGGGAAAUACACCACUUAGCAAACUGGCUCCCGAAUCUUUGGAAAGGCCGAAUUCCAGAAUCCGGGGGGCAGUGUGAAAGAUCGUGCUGCACUGGGCCUUGUAAAAAAUGCCGAAGACUUGGGACUUCUCAAACCUGGCGGAACAGUCGUAGAGGGCACGGCGGGGAACACCGGGAUCGGUCUGGCACAUGUUUGCCGGGCAAGGGGCUACAAAUGUGUCAUCUACAUGCCCAACACUCAAAGUCAGGAAAAGAUCGACCUGUUGCGCAUGCUGGGUGCCGAAGUCUAUCCUGUCCCGGCUGUCGCGUUCGAGAAUCCCGCGAACUAUAAUCAUCAGGCGCGCGACCACGCGAAAUCGCUUCCGAACGCCAUCUGGACUGACCAGUUCGACAACACCGCCAACGCCGGCGCACACUAUGUUUCGACCGGUCCCGAAAUCUGGGAACAGACUGCGGGCAAUGUGGACGCAUUCAUUUGUGCGACGGGGACCGGAGGCACACUUGCCGGUGUAGGGAGAUACUUGAAGGAGAAGAGUGCUGGGAAGACGCAGAUCUGGCUGGCUGAUCCCCCAGGCAGCGUUUUGACCAGCUACAUCUCGAGCAAAGGAACCUUGAAUGAGCGCAGUGGGAGCUCGAUUACGGAAGGUCCGUCGCUGCGGACAUUUGCCGAUGUUGCGCUCAUCUUCGAACAGGAAUCGGUCAAGGACGCAUCACCGACAACUUGGGGACGUUUGUGAAUGACAUCACUGGCGCCAUGACUAUUCCAGACGAGCAGUCCAUUGCAAUGGUGUACAGUCUGCUUGACACCGAGGGGAUAUAUGUUGGUGCCAGCUCGGCGCUCAACGUCGUUGCCGCUAUCGAGCUCGCCCAGAAACUAGGGAAAGGUGUGAUCGUCGCAGUCAUCUGCUCAGUGGUCUGAUUGGCUUUGCAAGGUUCGACAGUGGUGACCAUUUUAUGCGACGGUGCCUACAGGUAUCAGAGUCGGUUGUUCUCAAGAGCCUGGUUGCAAUCCAAAGGACUGGAGAGUGCUAUUCCCGAACACUUGAAGAAGUACGCUGUAUUAGAAUGAAUGCCGACGGAAUUCAGAGUUGUUGCUUGCUGGCGAAUCUGAUAUCCUGGUACCGAUCAUCGGUGCUAUAAUGAGCGCCAAGAUGUUGGCCAGUGUCUCGGGUAACAGUCUAAAUCUGAGCCGAUCGACAGCGGAAGCAAAUCAUUGCAUUGCCAUUUCCGGAUACUCUGGGCACGCUUUGACCAUGACUAGAGUUUGCCCCGCACCUUGGACUCCGCCGCGGGGAGGAAAGCACCCGGCUGACGGCAAGAGUAGGCGGUAGCAGUCUCAUGUCU